UUAUUGUGAUUGGAAGCUAGACAUUAUCCGUUUUAGGAACAUUGUAAUCAGACAGACAGAAAAACGAACCUGUUGUUCAAUGGAAGCGGGAAAUCUCCUUGGUUUCAUUCCGUUAAGCCAACCGCCACAACGACUUGUACAUUCUCGUCGCCUCUCCUCUUUCCCUUCCUUUGUUACUGUUAAGGCUUCUAUUAGUUCCCAGGGAGGAAGUGGGUAUAGAGGGCCGAAGCCACGGAGGGAAUUGAUAGCAGAUUGGGUAUCCAAAAAUGAUGAUUUAGUUCGGAGCUUGCCGAUAUACGUUGGUGGAUUGUCUUUAUUGGCUGUUCUUUUCAAUCGCACGGCCUCCGGUAUUGCUCCCGUCGCUGAUGCUAGCAGUUCUCAAUCCAGAGCAGAUUUAUUAACUCUUGGCUUGGCCGUCACCAACAUCUUAAAUGGUCUUGUUUGGCUUUCAAUUCGACCAAAAACCAUAUCUGUGGUAAAUCCUAACGGUGUGGAGUGCCAAAGAAUAGCGUCCAACCUACCAGAUUUUGUUAUUUCUGAGCUGCUCUGGGCUUGGGAUUCUCUAUCAGAUGUCACAUGCUGCAGAUCUCUGGUCAUUGUUUAUGAUGGAAAAUGCAUCCUUCAAAUUGGGUUUGCUGCUGCAUCAUCCUCUAAUGGAAGCGAAGCAGUAGCUGUGGACACCAAUAAGUUGAUAGAAGGAUCACUUUACCAAGGAGCUCUAAAAUCAGCGUCACAGAGCUACUUGGCCAACUUAUCUCUUUAUCCUGGGAAGUCGGAGCUACCAUUUCUUCCUUCAUAUACACAGGCAGUAAUCUUGCAACCUCUAGCUGACAAAGGAAUUGCCAUAAUUGGUGGUGACACAAUCAGAGGAUUCACAUCUUCUGACCAAGCAUGGAUCACAUUGAUCGGAGAGAAGUUAGAUGCUACACUGACAAAAGUUAUUUGACAUUCCUACUAGCAAUGCAAGAUAUAUGUUUCAAGACAUCUAAAUGCAGCAUCUAAGUUCAAGAUUUGCCUAUAAUCAUGUCUUAUCUCAAGGCACAAAGAGUGGCAAUUUGUUUCCAUGAUGGUUUGCUUUGAAAUGAUUUCCCUCGUGAGCUUAAGCUCUGCUGUCUUGUUGGUUGGUGAAAGGAUGAGAUACUGUAGGAGGUAACUUUUUCGUCUUUCCUGUGAGAAAUGGAAGAAGAUUAUAACCCCAUAGAAAGCCAUUUAAAAUUUUUAUUCAGUGUCCUACUGGACCUCCCUUCUACAAAGGCAUAGUUUUGUUAUUGGCUGUCUUGCAAAAGCAGCAACUAAGAAUCUGCAGUUAAAGCUCAAACUUCUGCUAUGCUGAAUCUAACUAGGCAUACUGAUAAAAAGAUGUCAUCUCUUGAUAUGGUCGAUGAGUAAAUGUCCAUUUUGUUUUUAUUGUAUUGUUAAGGAUUCUCAGAAUAGAGUUUUCCCCAUAAA